AUGUUAUUGUUUCAUAUGCGCGAACUGCUUCCUCACAUUUUGCACUGCUGACUUUUGGAAUUAAAACAUUUGACAUAUAGAUAAUGGAAGUAAUAUCAGGGACGACUGAGGAAGCGAACUACUUGAAGGCACAGCUAAGAGAGAAAGAGAAAGAGAUCGCUGCCCUGAAGAAUAAACUGGCUGCAUUCGAAAAGAAGAACAACUCUUCAGUCCCACUGCUACUUGACAGAGUGACUUCACUUACUCCACUAAAAGCCAAAGCAGCUCUCUCCAAUGAAGACAUCUUGAGGUACAGCAGACAGCUCCUCCUACCUGAGUUGGGUGUGCAAGGACAGCUGAACCUUCUCAAGACAUCCGUACUGAUUGUGGGUUGUGGAGGUCUGGGUUGCCCUCUCGCUCAAUAUCUAGCAGCAGCAGGUAUAGGGCGACUGGGUCUGCUGGACUAUGAUGAGGUGGAGCUCAGUAAUCUGCAUAGACAAGUACUACAUGGCGAGGAGAACCGGGGUCACACUAAAGCUCUGUCAGCAGCCAACGCAGUCAGAAGGUUGAACUCAACAGUGGAGUGUAUUCCUUACCACUUGCAGCUUUCACCUGAGAACGCCUUGCAACUCAUUCAACAAUAUGACAUCGUGGCCGAUUGUUCGGACAAUGUCCCCACUCGUUAUCUUGUCAACGACGCCUGCGUGCUGAGCGGCAAGCCUCUCGUAUCGGCGAGCGCCCUCAGAAUGGAGGGACAGUUGACUGUAUACAACUAUGACGGAGGCCCUUGCUACAGAUGUCUCUACCCAGUGCCCCCACCCCCAGAGACAGUGACAAAUUGUUCCGAUGGAGGGGUGUUAGGAGUGGUUCCAGGCAUAAUGGGCUGCUUUCAAGCAUUGGAGGUCCUCAAGAUAGCCUCUGGACAUGGCUCUUCCUGCGGCCAGCAGCUGGUGAUCUUUGAUGCUCACAGUACCAGGUUCCGGUCCAUCAGGUUGCGGCCCAAGCAGUCUGGGUGUGUAGUGUGUGGAGAAAAGCCCAGCGUAACCAAGCUCGUCGACUAUGAAGCCUUCUGUGGUUCUGCCGCAACAGAUAAGUGUCGCAGACUCAACCUCUUGUCCAGAGAUCAGAGGAUCACAGUGCAGGAUUACAAAUCCAUUGUGGACAAAGCAGAGCCCCAUCUCCUGUUAGAUGUGCGCCCUCUGGUGGAGGUGGACAUAUGCCAUUUACCAAGCUCUCUCAAUAUACCACUCUCAAGUUUAGAGGAGAGGACGAGUGAACAUAUGCAGUUACUUCAGGAGCGUAUCGACCAAUUGAAACAGCAGACGGUCGGUGUCUGCCGGCCUCCAGUUUAUGUGAUUUGUAAGCUGGGCAACGACUCCCAGAAGGCCGCGCAGAUUCUUGAGAAGAUGAGUGGAUCUGAAGUAGACAAUAUCACAGUGAAAGAUAUCUGUGGGGGGCUGAUGGCGUGGGCGAAGAGGAUAGACCCCAAAUUCCCACAGUAUUAAAGGGUAUGUAUCAUGUAAAAUGAACUUUUAGCUUUUAGCAAUGCCAAUGCAAAAAACCCCAAAGUGGUGUUUCCUUCCAUUCACCCAUCUCGGAACUUUGCUCACUCUUCUUGUAAAUGUCACAUGAGCCUUGAUUGUUGUUACCUGAGCACUGAGUCAUUUUUAGUUGACAGUAACCGGCAAAUUGUGUUUUAAAGCUGGUAAUUAAUUGUACAUGGAACAUAAUGACAUAAAAAUAAUUAUAGACAAAAUAUGAAGAUUUUACUGCUGAUAAUGGCUAAAUAACUAUCCUGAACUAAAAUAGUAUAAUAGAGACACUUCAAUUUCAUUUACCUCUAUGUUUUGUACAAAAUAAAUCAUAUUUUGAUUGUU